CAGUGCGCCUCAAAACGCUUCCCCGCAUUGGAUCCGGACUCCAUCCAAAGUGUCCCGGGACUCAGAGCUGCGCCUCUCCCUCUGCCCUCAGCUUCCUAAAGGAUUUAGUUUCUCAGGGAUGGCCGCAUCUGUUCUGGAGCUAGGGAAUGCAAUUGAAGACACACGCUAUGGCUCCAGUCCUCUGGCUAUGUUAACUGCUACCUGUAACAAGUUCGGUAGCACCAGCCCCAUCAGGGAUUCAGCAACACCUGGCAAAACCGGCAGCUCUCCAGUAAAGAAGCAGUACACCAUGACCUCUGACCUUCAGACAGUCAAAAACGGGCGGGCUUCAGAUGGAAGUGGUCUGACGGACUCCUACGCCGGCUCAUUCACCACAGCUGCAGGAGGCGGUGGUCUGCUGAGUCCCACUGGAAGCCCUCCUCCUUCGGCUGGUGGGUAUACUUCAGAGUACAACCCUUUCUCCCAUUCCUUCCAGACAUCUGUGUCCCAGGAUCCGUCUCUUUUAGUGUCCAAAACACACGCUUCCCCAGCCGACUGUCUCACCAGUGUCUACACCUCUCUGGAUAUGACACACCCGUAUGGCUCCUGGUAUAAGGCUGGAAUCCAUCCCGGCAUAACUGCUGCUCCAGCCAACGCCACGUCCUCCUGGUGGGACGUCCACCCCAACUCCAACUGGCUCUCAGCGACACAGCCCCAAAGCGAUGGGGGUCUACAGGCUUCACUCCAGCCUGUAGCCCCACAGGCAUCGCUGAGCCCUCAGCUCCAAAGUUACAGCUCCGACUUUACGCCCCUCAACCCAGCCCCGUACUCCUCGGUAGGACUGGGCUCUUCCUCCCACCUCCUCCAACCUUCCCAACACAUGUUGCCCCAGGACAUGUACAAGCCCAAACCUGUAUCAAGUGCGGGGCUAAUUGAGAAUUCAAUGGGCUUAAAGCCUGCUAGGGGAUCAGGAGGCUAUAGCGGAGGGGCUACUCCCAGUAGGUCUUCAUGUGACUGCCCCAACUGCCAGGAGCUGGAGAGGCUGGGAGCCUCCGCCGCCUCUCUGAGGAAAAAACCUGUGCACAGCUGCCACAUCCCAGGCUGUGGGAAAGUCUAUGGCAAGGCUUCCCACCUGAAAGCCCAUCUGCGCUGGCACACGGGGGAGAGGCCUUUUGUGUGCAAUUGGCUGUUUUGUGGGAAGCGCUUCACCCGCUCUGAUGAGCUAGAAAGGCACGUGCGCACCCACACGCGGGAGAAGAAGUUCACCUGCCUGCUGUGCAACAAACGCUUCACCCGCAGUGACCACCUCUCAAAACAUCAGAAGACCCACGCAGAUUCCGCAAUGCAGGGCAAAACCGGGGCCGUGGAAGGAGAUACUGACCCUCGGACCGAAGACACAACUGAUCUGAACUCCAACGCUGUACCAAGCAACCCUGUCACUGACCAAAUUGCCAACGGAGAAGAGAAGACCACCACAUCUAAUGGGGUGGAGAACAGCAGCGGAUUGUUGGAGAUCUGAAUCCUUUAAAGUUCUCCUCCAGCUUUAUCUUCUUACAUUUGGGGGGAUUUCUUUGAUAAAAACAAGCAACUUUCCAAUGAAAACAAACAGAAAAAAAAUAUUUAAGAAAACAUUUGGACUUAACAUGAUAAAUGACUGGGCAUGUAGAAACCACAUGCGAGUGCAAGAAAAGACAUACAAGCCUGCAGCCAUAUAGCAGAAAUUAUAUGCAGACACACUGCCAAAUACACACAUCCAAAACCUUGAUGUAUAUGAUGUACACACGUGUACCAUUUGCAUGCACAACAAUAACUACAAGCAAAUGCACAAGCAUAUAUAAUGAAUUCAUAUAUGCACGGGCACCCACAAAAAGUAUGCCUGCUCAGGCCUAUAUAUGAGAAAACAUUGUCAUGUGGACAUUUAGCAAUCUGCACACAUUUUCUGCCUUUUAAAUGAGAGAAACCACUGGGGAAUUGUAAUCUGCAAAUGCAGAAGGAAAAGAGCUCCGAGGCUGUAAAAGGAAAGCGGUUUUAGAACAAGACUUAUGGUUGGGAUGAUGGAGUCAAUGAAGCGUUGCAUGCCUGGACUUAAAAAAAAAAGAGUCAGAUUUACAGCUGCGCUCUGAUACUUAUUCAAUAUUCCUCAAAUGGACAAUCUCACUUACAGCUACUUGUUGUCAGAGAAACCAUGAUAAGGUGUUGCAUUGUAUUUGCUGUUUGCUUCCUACUUUGUUUAAUUUAAAUUCAUUUUUACAUUAAUAAUCUAAUUUAUGUUUUAAAUUAUACAACACAGGGGAUUAUCUUACAUGUUGUGGGAAAUAUUAUACCUAAAGGGAAAAUAAUGGUUCAAGCUUGCCAAGAAGGAAAAAUAUGGUGCAUUAAAUUAAGAUUUUUUUCUUAUUUAUUAGUUACGAGUUGGAAUUUAGGAAGUAUGUUAUUAAAGUUUUAUUUAUAGAUCUUGAAUCUUAUGUGUGCAGUAUCGAAUUCUGUAACUUUUUUAUUGUGAAUUCUUCCACACCAUGUAAAGUGAUGAAUAAAAAGGGCUUCCUAGAUUGUUUAAAUAUACUUUAUAUAAUAAUAACAAUAUAUAAAUUUUGUUAGGUGUGAUAUUUUUCUACUUUUUUAUGCAUUUCCUAUUUUCUUUUUCUCUUGGAAAGAUGUCUAUUUUGCUGCAGCUGGCAGGAUUAAUUUUCUCUGGUCCAUACGGGAGCUACAAGUGUUUGCUGGCUUCUUGUGAAAUGUGUUUAAAAGAGUCUGUAAAUAGUGUCAAAGCAGAAAACCUCAGAAAUGUUCACAUGUUAGAUUCACGGAGCAGAAUCAUGAAUUUAUGGUGCUUUCACGAGUAAACAAAUUGAAAUCAAGUAUUCCAUUUCCUGGGUUUAUUUUCUAUGCAAAAAAGCAUUCUGACUUGAUUAAUAAAUAAAUGCCUAUUAAAUAAUCAG